AUGUCUUCUACCGAGCCUGACAACACCCAUACCGACAGCGGCGACGGUACGGAUACCACAGCCCUUCCAUCCUUUGAUCCGCUCACAGCCGAAGAGAUUCUCGAUCAGCUCAAUGUACAGCUCUCUGCAAAAGAAAAGGACCAUCUCGUCUUCGUUGCCGAUUCCGCCAAGAUCGAACAAGACUACCAAGCUGCGCUCGCGAUCAACGCCGAACCCUCCAUUCUCCGUCAUCAUGAGGAACUUAAGCAAGCGCACCAAGGCCUUCACGAGCAAUUCCUCAGAGAGUGGAUCGAGCUUGUGCAACAAAGUCGCGACAUGAACAGAGAGGCGAAAGCUCGUGUAGUGGAGGAGACGGAGGCUUUAAAGAAGGAGUUGAUGGCAAGAAAAGAAGCGGCAAAGAAGAGGGAGGAGGAGAGAGCGCGAGUCAAGGAGGAGAAGGCAAGAGUCAAGGAGGAAAGGAAGAAAGCAUUUCGCGAGGAGAUAGCGAUGAUUGAGGCGCAGACAGCGAGAUCUUUGGAGGUGAUAAAAGAGACGAAGAAGCUACACGCAGUACUCAGAAGGAGGAUUGCUGUCGAGAGGGUUGAGGUGGAGGCCCAGAAGAUCGAGCGCGAGGUUCUAAAAGCUAGGAAAGCUAAGCUCGAGGCGGAAGUUGCGGAGAUCAAGGCGGAAACUAGGAUGUACAAGAACGAGCUCUUGGAGAUUUCCUUGUACAGGUGGAUUGAAGACCUUGACUAG